UAAAUUUUUAAAUAUUUUAUAUAGAAAUACUAGUAGUUUUUCACGUAACUUUUAAUUUAAAUCACUAUUUCAUUCCAUUUUGAAAGUGAUACAUUUUUAUAAAACAAAUAUAUUUUGUAAAGAAUACAAAAGAGAGAUUUGACAUAAUCUACUGAUAACAAUAUUUAUAAUUAUGAGAGAAAAAUAUAAAUAUGUAUACAAAAUGUACUUGUUAUUCUGUAAUCAAUGAAAUAUAUGUAAUUUGACAAAAUACCAUACAUCGGUUUUGAAUAAUAGUGCAUUUCUCUUAAUAUAUGUUGCAUUAUAUGCAUAUAAGUAUAUGUUAUUUGUUUAAGACUGAUAUCCCUAUCACUGAGUAGUAAAUAAAUAGAAUAAUUUUAUGGAAUUUUAGAACUUUACAAUCUCCUUUUUAAGUUUGUUUCAAUUCUAACCAUUAUUUUCCUACGUAAAUAAUAACAUAUUUUCGUGUUUUAUAAAUUUCGUAACUUGAAAAUUUUACUCAAUUUUAAUUAAAAUUGAAAAACAAGGAAAUGUAUUCAUGCGCAUUACGAAUUGUCGGUUACGUUCAAUUAAUAAAUUAUGUCGUCUAAUUGUUAAAAUUACUCGUGUCAAAAUAAUAUACAGUUAUCAAACAAACAUUACUAAUAACAUUAAUGCAUCAAAUACCGUAAGUUCAAGUAUUAUAUAAUUGUUUGAGUGCGCCUAUUAAUUAACAUUAAUACAUUAAUAAUAAAUUCACACUUUCUUAUCAAAACUUUCGUCAGGAAAACAUUUUAUUAGGAACAACGUUAAUUAUAAAUCUGAAUUGUAACAUCUUUGUAUUAUAAAUCUUGUCCGUACAGUAAUAUCUGCAUUUUUAUAAUAAAAGUAGAUAUAACCCUUUUAUUUUUUACAAGUAGCAUCAUCAAUUAGAAUAAGACGUUUUCACAAAAUACAUUUCAGAUGGAGAAAAUCCCAAUAACGCCGCAAAUGCUACAUAUAUCCGUGAAAGCAUUACAAAAAUUUCAACUAUUUGUAAAAUUAAAAGAUUUAAGAGAUUACAUCCAAAGGCAUUAUCCGGUGGAAACCGAUGUCAAAGCUCUCGAGCGAGAAUUAGAGGAGAAAUUAAAGUAUGCUGUUUACGUCGGAUUGCUCGCUAAACACGAAGACGACCAAUAUUAUAUACCAACUUUACGAGAAGAGACUAAUGCCGCUACAACAGCGUUCAGCGCAUUUUCGGAGAUAUACAAAAACAUGGAGAAAAUCCCAAUAACGCCGCAAAUGCUACACAUCCGUGAAAGCAUUUCAAAAAUUUCAACUAUUUGUAAAAUUAAAAGAUUUAAGAGAUUACAUCCAAAGGCAUUAUCCGGUGGAAACCGAUGUCAAAGCUCUCGAGCGAGAAUUAGAGGAGAAAUUAAAGUAUGCUGUUUACGUCGGAUUGCUCGCUAAACACGAAGACGACCAAUAUUAUAUACCAACUUUACGAGAAGAGACUAAUGCCGCUACAACAGCGUUCAGCGCAUUUUCGGAGAUGUACAAAAACGUAAUGUAUUAAUUUAUUUUAUUCUUUGCAUCGUACAACAAACAUCCCUUCAAUUUGUUAUCCAUUUAGAACAAGCAGUUGCCUAAUACGAGAAAGAAGAGAUCAAGUACCGAGAGAUCGUUAUCGUAUAAAAAACGAAAGGAUUACGUGAGUUCCUCUAACAACGACGAAACCAACAGUAGCGAGGAUUUAGAUUUUUUCCAAUUUAAGAACCAUAGUCAUAAAACUUGAUCAUCAAUGAUACAAUACCAUUGUAAAAUUUUUAGAUGUCCUUAUGCGUUAUAUCUUAUACAUAUACAAAUUGUUUAUAUAUGAAAUUAAUAUAUAAAAUUAUAAAUUACGUGAAUUGCAGCGAUACAAUUGUACGCAGUUAAAAUUAGGUAUAAUAAAAAAGUUAAUGCUGCGUGAUUCCAA